AGUCAUCAGGAAAACACACGAGGUCUAGCUUCACAAUAACGAGUGAGCAGUUUACCAAUUUACUCAUGACGAACAGUUUCGAAACGACACUCAACGAGAAAUAAUAUAUACUCUAUUUGCAAAUCAUCAACAACUCGUAUAUUUAACCGGUGUGCAAUUCCUCCCCCUUUUUUUUCCUUUUCAACCCUUUAAUAUUAUUUUUUUUUUCCUCUAAUAGAACUUUAAAAAUAUAAAAAAUACAGGUUUUUAAAAUAUUUUAUUCCAUUCGUUUUAUAAUUAAUUUAUUUUUUUGUAUUUGUGGAUAAGUGUUGAAAUUAUUAUACAUCUAAAAAAGAGCGGGAUUAUAAAUAGAAUUUAUAAAUAAUUUUUUUUUUUUUUGAUAUGGAAAUUAUACCUGGAAAUAUUAAAUAAUUUUUUUUUUUUUUUAUAAUAAUUUUACAACAGUUAUUACUACAAAUUCAUUGAGGUAAAAAUAAUUUUAAAGUAUUUAUAUUUUGAAUAUCACAAUAUUAUUUAAAUUUUAUUGUAAAAAAAAAACAAUUUAUUAAUUUAAUUUAUUAAAUUCAAGUCAACUCGUUGACUUGAGUUUUUUAUUUAUUUAUAAUCAAGAUGCAAUAAUUAUUAUUUCUCAAAAUAGUUGGGAUAAAAAUACUUUGCAGUAUUUAGCCCUCAGCAAACUGCAUUCACUCUUUUUUUUCUCUUCCUCAUCAUUCUUAGACAAAAAAAAAAAAAAAUUGCAUCGCAUCAAACUAUUGAAAAGAAUAAUGAAAAAAAAAAAAAAAGGCCGGUAAAAAUGAUAAAAAAAAAAAAAAGAAAAAACCACUGGCCAAGUUCCUCGAUUGAGGUCACAUAAAAUAAAAUCUUGAACCACGUGUCGUCGUACACUUGCUAAACAAAAAAAAAAAAAAAAUAUAGAAUACAAUAAUUGUAUGAAAUAUUUAGCUGAUUAAUAAUUAUUCCAUGAACUAUUCGCGAGUACAAUCAAUUUAUUUGAAUCAUAUAUAAUGUAAUGAUUAAAAAAAAAAGGAAACUACUUUUUUUCUUCGAAAUAAUAGUAGUAUUAAUGUGGUUACUGCAUGCCACACCCUUAGUCAUUUAUAAAACGUCAUAAAAAUAUUUAUAAUAUAUUAUUUAAUUAAUUAAUAUUUAAUUAUUACUACAUGUUUAGUAAAUUUAAUCGAUUUUAGUCAAGCACAUGUAUCGCACAAAUUUACCGCCUUAUUUCAUAUGGAAAUUUUCUAUAUCAAUCAAUUUUUUUUUUAAAUACUAUUAUCAUUAUUUUAUAAUCAAUAAUUAAACUUGAUUAUUUAUUUGUUUGUAAAUUUAAUUUUUGUUUAUUUAUCCUAACUUGGCUGUUUGUUAUUAAUUUUUUUAUAAAUUUAUUUAAAAAAUAAGACAGUGAUUUUAGUUAGUUAUUUUAUUUUUUCUUGUUGCCAAUUGACCUUAUCUUGGGGAUUUACCAAUGUCAUAUGGAUAAUCUUUUGUAUUAUUGCAUCAAAGACAAAACCACUAAAUAGUAAAACCAUGUCAAUGCUUGUAUUCACGUCUGCAUUUUCCGUUCUAAUUUUUUUUUUUUAUUUUUAAAAAUAGGCAUUGUAAGUAUUCAUCUUGUAUUUUUUUUUUGUUUAAACUUUUUCAUAAAACUUUUAUUUGUUAUUUGCUAUACAAUAUAUAUUUAUUUAUCGGUAAAAUGAGAAAAACAAAAUAAAUUAAAUUUAAGAAAAAAACAGUAAUAUGAAUAAUUUAAUAAACUCAUGAUUCAUAAAUUCAAAAAUUCAUAGAAAUAUUUAUUUAUUCAAUAUGUUUUUUUUUUGUUCGUAUAUAAAUAUUGAUUAAAUAAUGCAAUUUUGCAACACGUGAAAAAUAAUUAUCCUGUCAAUGAUAUAACACAACGAUACGAAUAAAUUAAUAAUUGAUUUUUUUUUUAUAUGCAAGUUUAUAUUACUUAGAAAAAAUAUUCACGUUUAACAUGUUAAAAAAAAAAAAAAACUGAAUCGAUAAAAGUCAUGCUAGCAAUUGUAUUUUAUUUUAUUUUAUUUUUUGCAUGUCAAAGUACAUAUUACACAGAUAAAUAAAAUAAUAAAUAAAGAUAAAUAGACAAAAUAAUAAAAUGUGUGUCGCCCCUGACCGUGAUCAUGAACGUGAACUGUUCCAAAGACAUUGUGUAUAUUUUGUAACGAUCGAUUCACUCGUUGGUUACGUGGACCGUCAUACACGUAAUUUUUUCUAUAGACAAUUUAACGCGAAGGUCAUUGCAGAAUUUUAUUUAUUUUUUAUUUUUUUUAAACUUUCUUGUAUGCAUUUUUUUGUUAAAAGUUUUCAGCUAAAUGAAUUUAUUAUUUGAUCAAUUAAAUACUAAAUGAAAUUAUUUAAUUAAAUUUAUUUUCUAGUAUAAAUAAAUUAAAAAAUUAUACAAAUAUUUGCAUUUAAAUAAUUUUCAUACAUACAAUUUAAAGGAUGCUUCAAAAAAAUGAAUUUUACUUUUAUUUUUUUUACAGGUAAAAAAAAAAAAAGGAGGGAUUUUUAGAAUAAAGUUUAUUGCUGCUUGAAAGUGGCAAUAAAUUUACAUUUAUACACUGAAGAAUGGAUAAAAUUUGGUGAUACAAAAUCAAUAACUUGUAAAUUAAAUGAUAUUAUAAUAAAACAUCCAAAUAAACGUGGUAAAAAAAAAAAAAAAAUUCAUAGAAUGCAGGAAUACGUUGAUAUUUAUGAAAUUAAAAUUAUCAACGUUAUUUAUUUGAGUGCAUCAUUGGGGUGACGAUUGUAUUAAUGAGCAAAAUGGGUAAUGGUAUGAACAAGGUGUUGCCAGGUCUUUAUGUUGGUAAUUAUCGUGAUAGUAAAGAUCAAGUACAAUUAGAACAAUUCCAAAUAACACAUAUUUUAUCAAUUCAUGAUGCUGCACGUAGACUUCACUCUGAUAAACAUUAUUUAUGUAUUAUGGCAGCUGAUACACCAGAUCAAAAUUUAACACAAUAUUUUUCACUUUGUAAUGAUUUUAUUCACUCUGCUCGUCUUCGUGGAGGAAAUGUAUUGAUACAUUGUUUGGCAGGAAUGUCAAGAAGUGUAACAGUUGCAGUUGCAUACAUCAUGAGUAUCACAAAUUUAUCUUGGAAAGAAGCACUAAAAGUUGUUAGAGUUGGUCGUGCUGUUGCCAAUCCAAAUGUUGGAUUUCAACAACAACUUCAAGAUUUUGAAAAUAGUCGUUUACAAGAUGAACGAAGACGUUUAAAAGAACGUUUUCCAAGUCUUGCAUUAACAGUAUCUGAUACUGAGGCUUGUCAUGCAACGCUAAGUAAUUAUGAAAAAUUAGCACUUGCUAAAGAAGUUUGUGAGGGUAAAUGUGCAAUGGGUAGACAAUGUCCAACUGGUUUAUGCAGGCAAGCAUCAAAAAGAACACUGAGAAGAAAAUCAUCAACGAGUAGUACAGGAAGUGGUGGAUCUGGUCGUACACCACCACCAACACCAAGACUAUUACCAUCAGCACCACCAUCACCAGCAUUUACAAGAUCAGCAAGCAGUAUGUCAGCUACAAUUAGACCAAGAAGUGGACCAGCUGGUUUACAUUCAUACACUGGUUCAGCUCCACCAUCAAGAGCUGUAUCUAGAGUGGAUUUAUCAGCAUCAGUAGCAUGUAGCAGUAGUGAUUGUUUAACAAAUGUUGGAAGAAUUGGUGUUAAUGGAAUAAAUACAUGGCGUGGUGGAAGAAAUUGUGGAUCAGCACCAGUAUCACCACGUUCAACACCACCAGCAUCACCACAACACUGGCCACGACGUAAUAUUAAUAACAUAAAUAAUAAUAAUAUUAUUAUUAAUAAUAGUAGUAGACAAACAGCACAAAUGCAAUCAACAAUUAAUCAUGAAUUAUCACCAUCAAUGACGUAGCAUAAUUACAGCCUCGGAAAUAAUAUUUAUACAAAUAAUUCAUUAAUCAAUAGAAUUAAUUAUUGAAGUAUAUCAAUUGCUCAGUUAAGAAAACUUAUUUAUUUUAUUUUAAAUCUCAAUGGGAUUGUUUGAAAAAAUUUAUUAAAAGCAAUUGCUGUUUUAGCCCAAGACAGGUAUUUCGGAUUUGUAAGAUUUUAUAAUUGUUGUUAUCCGUUAAUAUUAAUUAAUAUUAUUAUUAUAAAGCAAUAAUAAUAAUGAUAAAUAAAUUGUUGUAUGUUAAGCUGAGUAUUUGAAAGACAAGCCAGUUUUUAAAUUUAAAAAUUUUGUAGAAAAAAAAUCAAGGGAGCCAAUUCACAUUAGCUUUGCAAUGUUUGCACAAAUAAAUCAAUCAAUAAAUUUAAAAUGAUAGAUAUAUUAAAUUUACAAAUUAUUUAGUAUGAUUAUUAAAAAUCUACUAAAUUUAUUUUUAAAUUGAAAUUUUAACAAAAUGUUGAAGAACAAUUAUUUAUCAAAGAGAUUAGAAAAAAAUUUAGUAUAAAAAAAAUCUCGGCUGUGUAAUGUGACGGUGCUUUUUAAAGAAAAAUAUCAUCGAGUUUAAAUUUAUUUAUAAUUUUUUAAAUAUAAAUAAUCCAAAAGAUUCGAUGAUGGAAAAAUUUUAAUAUAAAAAUUGUUAAUUAAUUGUUGGACUUGCGAGAUGCAAUUAAAUUUAAAAGAAAAUAUAUUUUAAAUAAUUAAAUGAAUUUUAGUUGAUGAGAACAAUUGUCUUGUUACAUAUCACGUAUUGAAAUUUGAAUUAAAAAAAAAAACAUAAAAUCCUCUAGUCAAUGAAUAAAAAAUGUUUUAAUUAGUAUUAAAAGUUUUAAUUAGAAAACGUGUUGAAGUUUUUAAAAAUGAUAAAAUUAGGUAGUUAUGUAUGCCUUGAAUUAAACAUAAAAAACAUAUAACCCUGCCUUUAUAGAAGCCUUGUGAAAAUAAUGCUACUGUAGAAUGCCAAUUAAUAUAAUGAACAUUAAAUUGAAAUUGUUCUAUGAAAUAUAUUCUAAGAAAUUAAAUAAAUAAAAGUAACAAAUUGUUGGUGUUAAUAAAUUUUUACAUUGUUUGAAAUACAAAUAAUAAUUGUAUUAUCAAUAAAUAAAAGAAAAAAAAUAUUAUAAAUAAAUAAAAUUCAAUAUUUUUUCAACAAUACAAACAUUUUUUUGUUUGGCAAUUGUAAAAAAAAUUAUUGUAAAACAAUUGUAAAACAAAUGAGAAGGUAGAAAAUUCAGUAAAUAUUUGAAUUUAAAAAUAAAAUAAAGAGUAAAAUGUGUGUGUUUUUUUUUUUUUCGAUAUAAUAUAAAGAAUUUAUUAUAUUUAAAUAAUUAAUUUUCGUUUAAAAUUCCGCAAAAUAUGUGUAAAAAUCAGUGACAUUAUUUAAGAUAAAAAAAAAAAUGUGUAAAUUGUUUGUGAAAUUAAAAUAUACACUGAAAUUAAUAAUUAUUUUUUCGAAUAAAUAUCGUAUAUUACCUUUGGAAUGAAAAA